AUGACCACAACCAUGGAAGUCCUAGCACUCCUGCUGCUAGCCCUCUCCUCUACAAGCAGUGUCUCCGUCAUCGCCAUCCCCACCAUUCCUCAUGCAGAAAUCACGAACGGGACGAUUACUAACACAACCGUGGUCCCUUACACGGCAUCGCAGGUCUCGCAGGUCUCGCAGUCACAGCUUUUACAGCUCUCAGCGACCACCUCUAUGUUCCCGAGUCUGACACGAAGUCUGACACCGAGUUUGACACCGAUUCUGAUACCGAGUCUGACACGUAGUUCGACACUCAGUAAUAGGAACAGUACCAACACCAACAACGGCACCGUAACUGGUCCCUCUCCAGAUGGAGAAAGGGAGCAUCGCUACGACCCAUCAGCAGUAGUGGAAAGUGUCUUGGGAACAGUGGCGCUAGUAAUCUUAUGUUUGGUCUGGCUUUACCUCCAUGGGGAGAAGCAUUGUGGUGGGGGGAGGGGGCCGAGGCAGAUGAGAGGUGGGAGGGUGAGGUCUGUGAGGUCGAGGUACUAG